UUGUUAAAAUAGGAGCAGGAAUGAAUGAAAUUCCUGGGGAAUGUUGGAGUCAUUCAAAUGCAUUGUCAUCAUUUGAUACCCAUGUUACAUCUGAAAUCACAGAUUCCUUGGAAAUGCCUGCCCUUUAUGGAGACCGUAUCGGGAAGGCUAUUGAAAACACUUUAGGCGAGGAGGAGAACACUAUUGUUUCUUUGCCCACAGAAGCUGAAACUAGACCCCUGAUAUCAGAUCACAAAUCUAGAAAGUCAGCAUUGAAGCAAAGUUGUAGCCAAGGAGAGGACAAGAGAGAGAAGAAUGGGGAAGUAGGAAGAACAUUUAGCCGUAGCAGAAGUAGAAAAACUGUAUCAGGGAAGCCUUCUGGAGAUGAAAUGGUACAAGGAGAGAGUGGAGUGGUGUUAGUGGAACCUGGAAAACAAUACAAGCCAACUGGGAAAAGUGUAAGAGCAGGAAAAGGGAUGAAGGUUAAGCAAAGAGAAAAAUUAAGACAGACAGACAUCCACAGAAGUAGGGACCAAAGGAAGUCUCUAGUAGGGGAUGAGAGAGAUUUCCAAGAACUACAUAAGAAGAACGACCUGCCAAAAAUAUCAGGUUGUACUUCUCUAUCAUCCCGCCUGAAGCGAAGACACUCUUGCCCUGAGGUUCCCUCAUCUCCUAUUGACAGCUUUUGCACUGCCCUUGUGUCACCUUCAUCCCCACACAGCCGAUUUCCCUGCUCAUCCGCAUACCACAAGCCCCCUAGUCUUUCCCGUCCUUCAUCAGCCAAACGUGCUCGACGACAUACGGUUUGUAGCCUGGAAGUGGAAAGAGAAAUUGUCCCUCGAUGUCUGCGGAAGGAAGUCUACCCCAUAGGGCCUGGUGGGCAGUACGGGAGCCCCUCUCGUCUCUGCCCCAUCUUACGUUCUUCAGCUUCCCUCAUGGCCCUCACCUCCUGCUUUCUGUCAAGCCCCCAGGCCUUCCUCAUUAGGAAACCGCAAGAAAGAGGCAAUAUUGCCAACAGUGAUAGUAAUAGGUGUAGCAUAACUUCAUCUUCCUCCUGCAGCACUGCCGUCCCCUCCUCGUCAUCCUCCUGUCUUGCCACCUCUUCAGCCUGGUUCCCUCUGUUCCCUGCCACCACCUCCACUGUUCUCCCCAAGUGUGAGUCCACUGCUUCCAGUUCUUUCUUCUGCAGUGCACCCUCACCAAGAGAUGGCCAAAGCAAGCUGAAGCAGGAGGAUGCUGUGGAAAAGAACUGUUUCAGUCUGGAACUGGAGACCAGUGAGAGAUAUGAAGAGAAGUCAUGGUCAGACUCUGAAAUCAAGGUGGAGAGUGCGAAGCAAGGGGAACAUGGGAAGGUGUCGCGAAUUAAAAUUCGCAAAACUGUCCCCAAACCCCCUAACAAUCUCACCCCCAUGGGGCUGCCUAAACCUGUCAGACUGAAGAAGAAAGAGUUCAGCUUGGAGGAGAUAUAUACAAACAAGAACUUCCGUCAACCACCUGAAGGGCGGCUAGAGACAAUAUUCGAGGUGCCAGUCAGCUGCAGAGAUGGAUCAUUGUCUCUGAUUGGUCAGAGAAAAGUAAAACGAUUGGUGGAGUUCCCAGAGGUAGGCGUACCCAGGAAACCCAGAAGGCCUCUUGUCGGGACUGGAAGCGGUGUUUCGCGGAAAGUUGGCGAAAGCUCAGGUUUGGCCAGAACGCGGCGAGGGGGAAGCGAUAAAGCCAAAGAAGAUCGCUCUGUCACUUUGCAGGACAUUGAGUCACUUCUUUGUUCCAAGCUUGACCAGUUGGGUAACUGGAUUGCAUUGGACGAAAAGGAUCCGUCCGUCUGAGUUUCAGAACACUCUAAUGGAAGCAGCGUUUUUGAAUACUAAUCAAGUUUAUCAUAUAUAUUUGUUCAGUCUGAAUGCAGGUUGACAGGGAGGCAAGUUUAUUGGUAUCUAGACACUGAGCUUUGAUUUUAAAUAUCUUGAGUAUUAAUGAGAAAGACUCUCCCAUUUUCCAUUCUGCAUUUGAGCAUGCAGCUCUUCUACCAUUCAUUGGUUUUUCCUCUAAAUGGAACCUUUUUUUCCCCUCAGUAACUUAUCACUUGUAUGUUUUUUUGUUUUAUUUUUUGUAUAGUUAUGACCCUUAACUAUAGGCAUCCUCAUAUCAUGACUCAUGUGUGGGAUUCAUGAUUCAAGUCCAAGUUGUCAUCUGUUGUUAAAAUUUAAGUGGCACACCUGCAUGUGUGUGUGUGUGUGUGUGUGUAAGGUGUAACUAUAUUAUGCUAUUAUAGAAGCUGCAUUUUUUCUGUUACAACAUGUGACACAAAAAGUCAAAAGAAACACAGCUAUUUGAUAACCUGUUGCUUUGCAUUUCCUAUGCUGACAAUAUGAGAAGGUUGUGAACAUUCUGGAUUGGAGGUUUGGGCUCUUGGCCAUAUUAAUGCUGCUUGAUAGGUUGUGUUUAUCUUCUGAUGACUCACCAAUGUCACUUCUUGGAAACCUUAGUGUUAGGAUUAAAUGUAAUACAAAAUUAUGAAUGUAAACCACACUGCUUCAGUAUUAGGAGUUGUAGGUGUCAUUUAACAGGAAUGUGCCACGGACUUCUGUUUCAAAGUGGUUGGCCCUGCAUCAGUUUUGUAAGUGUGUUUGUUAAACUGCUUGUUUGUGUUACAACUUGAUUACACUGCUGUACAGUAAGGUCUAAUGUGAAGUGUAUUUGCUCUCAAU